AGUUAAAUAUUAAAUAAUAUUCGUGUAGUUUUUUAAUAUUUCAUUUCUCAUAUCAUAUAUUAUUUAAAUCUAUUUUUUCAAAAAUGUUAUCCAAAUCUUUGAUCSUUAGAUUUUUAUGUCUGUGUUUAAGUGUUAUCGCAACCACCGGUCAUUAUACUGAACCGCAAACAAUAGUGGUUGAGUCGGGACCGCCAGCACUUCCCUUUUAUGGUCCACCAAUCCCGAUAGUAGCCGCAUCGGUGAAAUCGCCACCAAUUGCUGUUAAGUCGCCUCCACCAGCAUUUGCCGUUCCUUUGCCACCAGUUAGAGCUAGAAUUGGAGUAAAGACACCAACAUUCCGACCGCCACCACCCGCACCCAUCAUUGUUCAACAACCAGUUGUACAACAACCCGUCCCCGUCAUYGAACAACACGAAUUGGUUGGAGUGCCUGARCCAUACAAUUUCAACUUUGAYUACAAAGAUGAAACUGGAAACGGACAGUACAGACGUGAAUCGGGUGAUACCGCUGGWGUUGUACGCGGAUCCUAUGGAUAUACCGAUGCUUAUGGUCUUUAYAGAAUUGUCGACUAUGUGGCAGAUAAGGAUGGUUUCAGGGCGAGUAUCCGUACCAAUGAGCCCGGAAUCAAUGAGCCGAGUCCUGUGACUAAUGCUGUGCCAAAUCCGGCUGAUAUUACUUUGGCCGCUGAGGAAACUCCCGCUAAAGUUAAAGAUUUAAUCCGAUUGGCACCCAUUAAGGCAUAUGACGGCAGAAUCCGUGCGCCGCCGACUAAUAGUGUCGACAAUAAAUAUGUURCCAGAGAUUAGAUAUAUUAAUUAAUUAAUAACUAAUUAAUUAUUUCUCGUUUUUAGUUACUUUUAAGUUUGCUUUAUAUCAAAUUGCUUUUAAUGUUUUAUUU